AUGAAAUUGAACAUACUCACAAAACUGUCCAUAUGGGUAUUAAUAUACCAAGUAUUUGUAUCGUGCCAGAAUUUUUAUGAUUCUGAUCCACACAUUAUUGAAGCAAAUGAAAGGAAUUUCGAUAAGAUAGUUCAUUCUACUAAUCAAACAUCGUUAGUUGAGUUUUAUGCACCAUGGUGUGGUUAUUGUAAACAAUUAAAACCUGUGAUGAAUCGUGUUGGUAAGAAGCUGGAUGGUAUUGCACAAGUGGUGACUGUUAAUUGUGAUCUUGAACAAAAUAAAGGUCUAUGUUCGAAGCAUGGUGUAGAAGGGUUCCCAACACUGAUGGUAUUUAGACCUCCCAAAGUAUACAGAAAGGGACAAAAACAUGCAAAUGAAAAAUACCAAGGUGAAAGGACAAUGAAACCAAUAGUUGAAUUUGUUAAAUCAAGAGUGAAAAAUUCUGUGAAGAAAUUACGUAGUAUUAAUACUAUCCAAAAUAUGUUAAUUAAACAUCACGAUACAAUUUUGAAUAAUUUCACAGUAGUAUUAUUUUCCAAGGUAGAUAUUAUUCCACCUAUCUUUAAAAGUAUAGGGAUUGACUGGUUAAACCAAGUCGAAUUUUUCAUGAUGCAUAAUAAGAAAAUAGAACAAAUAAAUGAGGAGGAUAAGACUUGGAGUAAAUUUGCCUCAUUAUAUCCAACAAUGUCUAAAUCUUUGAAUGAACUCUUGCAAAAACAAAUCCAUAAUAUGGAUUUUAACCGAUUACUAUUAUUGGAUAAAGUCAAUGAUGAAUUACAUAUCUACGAUGGGAAUCAAAUUACUAAGAUGGACGUUACCAAAUUUAUUAAUGGGAUAACCCAUUUGACUCCACAAGAGGGCCCAAUGAGUAAACGUCAAAUGUAUGUCGAUAGUAUGAAAUCAGGAAAGAAAAACAAGAAAAUUCGUAAACAGGGUAGAAAGGGAAAUGUGAAGGACGAAUUGUAA